CACUUCAUAUUUUCCGCUGCUUAUAUUUUAUCCCAUUUAUGCUGUUUAACGUUUCGAAUGUCUGAAGAGAAAGUGGCAUCAAAUACGCAAACCAUGGUACAACGCCUGGAAGACCUUCGGACUGAGCACAUGUCCUUGAUCAAUAGUUUGGAUUCGCCGAAAACCGAAAAGUCAGAUAUCAUUUUGAAGAACAUAAAAUGCAUCGACGUCGGUUUGGAUGAAGCGCAAUUAAUGAUGGAAUUUACGUUGCAUUUGCAAAAUGUUGAAAUUGAGAAGCACCAACUUAACGUGCAGUUAAAGCAGUUGUCUGAAGAAAAUCGCGGUUUACGUAACGAACUAAAGGCAACGCAAGAUAAAUUGAAAAUUUUCGAAAAAUUAAUGGGAAAUGCCGGAAACGAAAAAAGUACGGAUGAAAGUAUUCUGGAAAUCGAAUUCGACGAUGCUUCAAUUGAACCAAAUGCCUUGAUUCAGGACUGUGACUACGAAAGUGACUCCACUUUAACGCCUAGAGAAGAGUCUCAGAGCGGUCACACAAAUUGUGAUGAAAGCGAAUCUUUAUCGCGCUUUCUGAAACUAAAAAAACUUGCAAUGCAAUAUGCUUUUGAAGGCAAUUACGAAGUGGCACUUCCGCUGAGCCAACAAGCUGUAGAUAAUUUGAAGAAAACAACUGUUGGAUGCUUUCAUCCUUACAUUACCAAAAUGAUGUCAAUAGUGAGCCUAGUUUACGGUAUACAGAAAAAGUAUAAGGACACGACAAAAUUGUUACACGCCGCUAUUCGCGAAAAAACUGAAGCACUUACACUUGACAGUAAUUAAGGUUGUCUGGUCAAUUAAAUUCUCAAUAACCUUUCAUAAAA